GGACCAACAAAUUCAUCAAAGACGUGAUCAAAGACGGCAACGCGCUUAUCAGCGCUAUGAGAAAUGCCCUUCAGUAUCUGCGUUGGGAGCCUCUUGCCCUGUUCUCCAAACAAAUCCAGUCUAAGACCGUGUUUUGCUGUGAGCACUGCUGCUUUGGUGUCAGUAACCUGGUAAUGUGCCAGUUCCCCGUUGGGGAGGCUUUCUGAAACAUACUGCUCAGCAGAGCUGAAAAGGCUGAAGAACCUUCUCCAGAAGCUGAUUGUGCCUAUGAUUAUUCCUCUGCUGUUCAGAAAUUUUCCCAGACACUGCAGUCAUUUCAGUUUGAUUUCAUUGGAGACACUCUGACUGAUGAUGAAAUUAACAUCGCUGAAUCCUUCAAGGAAUUUGCUGAAUUGCUCAACGAGGUAGAAAAUGAGAGGAUGAUGAUGGUACACAAUGCUAGUGAUUUGCUGAUUAAACCCUUGGAAAAUUUCCGGAAGGAACAAAUAGGCUUCACCAAGGAGCGGAAAAAGAAAUUUGAAAAGGAUGGUGAGAGGUUUUAUUCUUUACUGGAUCGGCACUUACACCUCUCUUCAAAAAAGAAAGAAUCUCAGUUACAAGAGGCAGACCUACAGGUGGACAAGGAGAGGCACAAUUUUUUCGAGUCCUCUCUUGAUUAUGUUUAUCAAAUCCAGGAAGUUCAGGAGUCCAAGAAGUUCAAUAUUGUGGAGCCUGUCUUGGCCUUUCUUCAUAGUCUGUUCAUUUCUAACAGCCUGACUGUGGAGCUCACACAGGAUUUCCUCCCAUACAAACAGCAGCUCCAGCUCAGUUUACAGAAUACAAGAAAUCAUUUCUCCAGUACCCGGGAAGAGAUGGAAGAACUUAAGAAAAGGAUGAAAGAAGCUCCCCAGACAUGCAAACUUCCAGGACAGCCCACUAUUGAAGGCUAUCUCUAUACACAAGAGAAAUGGGCUUUAGGAAUAUCCUGGGUGAAAUACUAUUGCCAGUAUGAGAAAGAGACCAAAACACUCACCAUGACGCCUAUGGAACAGAAGCCAGGUGCUAAGCAGGGGCCCUUGGACUUAACACUGAAGUACUGUGUGAGAAGGAAGACGGAGUCUAUCGACAAGAGGUUCUGUUUUGAUAUAGAAACUAAUGAAAGGCCAGGAACCAUCACUCUGCAGGCCCUUUCAGAAGCUAACAGAAGGCUAUGGAUGGAAGCCAUGGAUGGGAAAGAACCUAUCUACCACAGCCCUAUAACAAAACAGCAAGAAAUGGAGCUAAAUGAAGUGGGCUUCAAGUUUGUCAGGAAGUGCAUCAAUAUUAUUGAGACCAAAGGGAUCAAGACAGAAGGGUUGUACCGCACUGUGGGCAGCAAUAUUCAGGUUCAGAAGCUGCUGAAUGCCUUUUUUGAUCCUAAAUGCCCAGGAGAUGUUGAUUUUCAUAAUAGUGACUGGGACAUUAAGACAAUCACCAGUUCCUUGAAAUUCUACCUCAGGAAUCUUUCUGAACCUGUCAUGACCUAUAGGCUUCACAAAGAGCUGGUCUCUGCUGCCAAGUCUGAUAACCUGGAUUACCGCCUAGGAGCUAUUCACUCCCUGGUAUAUAAGCUACCAGAAAAGAACCGAGAGAUGCUGGAACUUCUGAUAAGACACUUGGUCAAUGUGUGUGAGCACAGCAAAGAGAAUCUUAUGACCCCCUCCAACAUGGGAGUGAUCUUUGGGCCCACCCUGAUGAGAGCUCAGGAGGACACUGUGGCCGCCAUGAUGAACAUCAAAUUCCAGAACAUAGUGGUGGAAAUACUAAUCGAGCACUUUGGCAAGAUCUAUUUAGGUCCACCUGAGGAAAGCGCUGCACCGCCAGUGCCUCCGCCUCGGGUGACAGCAAGAAGGCACAAACCAAUCACGAUUUCAAAGCGCUUGCUGCGAGAAAGGACGGUUUUCUAUACUUCUUCCCUGGAUGAAAGCGAAGAUGAAAUCCAACAUCAAACACCGAAUGGUACUAUCACUGGCAGCAUAGAAACCCCCAAGCCACCACAACACCCCAAACUACCUAUUCAGAGGAGUGGGGAAACUGAUCCUGGGAGGAAGUCCCCAAGCAGGCCUAUUUCGGAUGGCAAGUUGGAGCCCUGCCCAGAGGUGGAUGUGGGGAAGUUGGUGUCUAGGCUACAGGAUGGAGGGACCAAGAUUACCCCAAAGGCCACCAAUGGACCCAUGCCAGGCUCUGGGCCCACCAAGACCCCCUCUUUCCACAUAAAGAGACCAGCUCCCCGGCCCCUGGCCCAUCACAAGGAGGGGGAUGCCGACAGUUUCAGCAAAGUGCGGCCUCCAGGAGAAAAGCCAACCAUCAUCCGCCCCCCAGUGAGGCCUCCAGAUCCUCCCUGCCGGGCAGCUACUCCCCAAAAGCCAGAACCAAAGCCAGAUAUUGUGGCUGGCAAUGCAGGAGAAAUCACAUCAUCUGUGGUGGCUUCCAGGACCAGGUUUUUUGAAACAGCUUCCCGGAAAACAGGAAGUUCUCAAGGCAGACUUCCUGGAGAUGAAAGUUGAGGCUACAGGUUUUAAAAGCGUUGGCCUCAGAGGACCCUUUGCAGGUUCUGAAACAGUCUUUCUUCUUCAAACCUUUGUGUGCGGAGUCAUUUUGUGUUGAAGAGCAGCUCCUUCCUAGCCUUGCACUUUCAGGCUCUCUCUGGGAGACCAUAAAAUAAGGAGCAUAUGUCCUAGACAGUUGUUUAUAUCUCCUUUGUAUUCAGUCUUCAUCCCCUCAGAAGGUCUGUUUUGAGUUCCUGUAACACUGUGAAGAGCUGGACUCCCUCAAGCCAGACUCUGCCAAAACCAAGAUAUCCACUUACCUGAGUCGAAGAGGGGAGCUCAGUUUUCAACUCUACCCUGAACUUCCUGCUUCCUCAGAGGGCCAUUGAACUCUGAGAGUUUUGGGGGUAAAGACUGAUCUCAGGGGUCUUACCUUGAACUGAAGGCCACUUGAGUUGGGGCCAUUGCUUACCUUGGUUGGAGGGAAAUAGAAAUGUUUGCUGAACAUUGGAGAAUCUCAACAUGUCUCCUACUGAGGAUAUGGACACUGGUGCCAUGUCGGUGCUCUGGUGCUGCAGUAUGUUGCCAAGAGCCUGCCUGCUCCUGCGGGGCCAUGAGUGGGAUGAGUGAUGCCCCCACAGCCCCUCCAUGUGGACUUAGGAAGGUGGCCUUCCUGCUCGUACACGCAGCCACUUAGGACAAAUCUGCAAAGCAUGUUUUGCAUGUCAAAGCCUAGGUCUAUUUGGAUUAUUCUUUCUCCUUUUUUUUUUUUUUUUUUUUUUUUUUUUUUUGACAGCUUCCUUUCCAAGCAAUCAAGAAACAAACAAAAGCUGAACACAUUUCUUUAAAAAAAAAGGGAGACUGUGUUUGGUCCUGCAGGAGUUCUAUUUUGGGGUCAAAUGCUAGAAAAAUUGUUAACAUGGAUUGAGGCCAGGCAGCUGUCACUGUUGCUUCAUGUUUGCCUUCUGCACAUAAACUAUUUUAUCUCC